UCCGCAAGAUCAUCCAAUACCGGCAUCGACCGCAUCUCUUACUCGUCGUCCCACUCCAAAGAGCGACCGACGGACUAUCUUUGCACGCCAUUUGACCAGCGACUGAAAGCACAUUUGGGAAAGAAAGCCGUUUACCUCCGAUUUUCUAGUGGCAGACUCCGGUUCCGUGCCCUUAAACGUCCAUCGGCUUCCACCUUUGCCGAGUUAGCGGCACUCGCUGCGGCGCCCUGUCCGUUAACGUCAUCUCUCGCCUUGCGUACAUAUUCAGCCUGGCAGCCAUCUCUGUAUCAAACGCCAACAACUCUCCCGAUGAGAGGUAAUACUAAACCCGAGUUCUGACGUCGAAUGGCGCUUCCGCAAAGUCCGCUGUGUACAAUCCCAGUACCCCGUCAUGGAUAACGUUCACAUCGACCCUUUUCCACAGCCCGACCCUCUCCGGUUUCCCAAUACCCGACGGCGAAGCGACGCUCCCGUGAUGGACGGCUCGUUUUCCUCUCCUCGAACCCGCGCGUCCAACCCGCUCGACGGGCAGUCGUCGUCUGACCCAGACACUUGUCGAAUAUGCAGGGGGGAAGGUACUGCCGACGAGCCGCUCUUUUAUCCCUGCAAAUGCAGCGGAAGCAUCAAGUAUGUCCACCAGGACUGCUUGAUGGAGUGGCUGUCGCAUUCCCAAAAGAAGCACUGCGAGCUGUGCAAGACACCCUUUCGCUUCACCAAGCUCUACGACCCGGACAUGCCCAAGUCGCUACCGCUUCACGUUUUUGUCAGCCACAUGGCCAAAUACCUUUUCCGCAACUUGCUCGCUUGGUUGAGGGCUGGCUUGGUAGCAAGCGUUUGGCUGGGCUGGCUGCCCUAUCUCAUGCGCUCCGUUUGGUCUUUUCUCUUCUGGAUCAGCGACGAGGGACUGGGCGGCGGCCCUGUUCUCUUUGGAAGGCGUCAUGGAAGCACCGCCGGCGGGCUGGACUUGCUGUCCGUAACGCCGUAUGGCUCUACCGUGUGCCCAUCUAGUCCGCUCUUUGCCGCGACCACUACCGUGGCGACCAUCGGCGGCGUUAUUGACGGUCUUCCUCUCGACUCUGCUCAGCUGGUCAAAGGCCUAUACGGCAUCAAUCUCUCCUCUACUGACCCCCUUUAUUCCACCAUUUUGCGCCUUCUGUUCAGUUCUAUAGGCCUGACCGAGAAGCCCACUGUCCUGCCUCCGACCUUGACCAGCUCUAUAACUGGGAGGGCGACGUCUGAGUUGCAAAGACAUCAGACCCUCUUGAGCGGAGUCGGAUUUCUCCGCAACCUUACACGACACGCGACGAUCAACCGAGUAAUCAUAGCCGUACUGGAAGGCCAGAUCAUCACCGUCCUGGUCAUAGUUUGCUUCAUCCUCAUCAUUCUCGUCAGGGAUUACGUCGUACAACAGCAGCCCGAGAUUAAUAUGCGGGCCGCCUUCGCUGCCGCGGAAAAUCCGGCGCUCGCAGCUGGCCCGGUACAAGAUGCGCCAGUGCCAGGUGACGAAGUGAAUCAAGAUGUUGCUGGCCCGCGCGAGAGACCUGUUGAGGAAACUUUGGACGACACUUCGGAUCUUCCCUCUAACAAUCACCAGGAGCCGAGUCAGACUAUGCCAGCCGAGCGAGGCUGGGAAGCGCUCGGCUGGGAAGAGCCUACCCCAUUUGGAGGCCGCCGCCCCUCAGGUAGCAGCUUUACCGAGUCCUCCGCAAGACAGUCGUUGGCGCCAAUCCUCGAGUCUAGUCAAGCUACCCGUGACACCGCGUGGGCCGCGAACAACAUGCGGGAAUUUGAAAGGACCACUAUACAUGAAUAUCUGGGAAUAUAUCGGGAGGCGGGUGGGGAUCCGGAGAAGAUCCUAAGAAUCGCGCAAGAACGCCAUCUCGAAGACAAGUUGGACUACUGGAUCAGAUUGACCAGGUCCAUGAUGGACCGUGGUACGCAGACGGAGGAUGGAAGGUCCGAUAUUAGCCAUCUAGCUGGGCUUUCCACCAGGAUAAACGCUACGAAUCAGCAGGAUGAUCUAGCCAACACCGCCUUCUCCGAUUUACCAAGUCUCCGUCAGCCAUCAGACGGCUUGCGAUUCCAAAAUUCUGGCGACCCGAAAGGCAAGGGUAGGCUCACAGAUGAUGUCGACGACAUUGAGGAUUACUACUCCGCGGGCCCAUCACGCCGACGGGCGAAUACCGACGGACCCAGGAUCAGCAACGCAAUCAACCCUCUGGCUAACAACAACUGGUCCUUUUCGAACGUUGCAUCCGAAUCCCGUCUCGGAUUUACCCCUGAAUCGGCUGCGGACGCUUCGACCCCGGAUCAUGGUUUCGAGCAAGAACAGGACGAUAUCUACGACUAUCCAGAACAUGAGGGCAGCGAAGCCGCCGGAGAAGGCCCCUUGAGUGCCGUUACCGGGGCGUCUCCAGCCGCGCUUGCCGGUUCUUCCAGAACUGCGGAGGACUCUCGCCAGAUCAGAUCUGAACCAACCCCUUCCGGGCAGCAUCAUGCAUUGGGGGAUGCUGAUGCCUUGCCCGAGCUACCACCUAAUGAGGCACCUCCUCCGCCUCGCCAGCCGGCGGGCAUAGUGGAGAGAGUUGCCGAUUUUAUGUGGCGCAACGUUGACGACAUUGACCCGGCCGAGCUCGCCGCGGUCGAUUUCUUGGGCGACUUCAACGAUAAUGAGGAUGGUAGGGAUGAAGGUGGCGAUCAGGAUAACGCACUGGCUGAAGAUAUAGAACGGGACCGCGAAGCUGUCGAGGCCGCGGCAGCAGCCGGUCUCGAUCCAGAGGCCAUCGAAGACGCCGAGGACCUCGAAGGUAUUCUUGAGCUGCUCGGUAUGCGAGGACCAAUAGCUGGAUUGUUUCAAAAUGCCAUAUUCUGCGCCUUCCUCGUUUCCAUCACCAUUUUUCUCGGAGUUUUCCUUCCAUACAACAUUGGCCGUGUGAUUGUUUGGACUCUUGCAAACCCCGCACGCCCGGCACGGAUGAUGGUCAGUCUCUCCAAGUUCGUCCAAGACUGCGGCCUGGUUGCUCUAGGACUGCUCUCUUACACCACUUCUGAGACUUUUCGGCUAUUGAGCCGACCCUUUGGACUUGAGACUAUCGCGGAGUACACGAAGUUGACUGCCACCGCGUCCUUGUCUAUGGCCGUCAGUGCUGGGAAUAGGAUUGGUAGCAGCUUCUUGACGGAGUUCUUGGUGGUAUCCGGAUCUGAGAUGCGCAACUUUUCUGCAAUCAGCCACGAAGCCCUGCUCCGGAUGAAGGGGCACCUCGGCAUGGCCUUCUCCACGCUUUGGCAUCUCUUCGCCCUCGUACUCGGUGGUGAUUAUUCUGCCAAGGCGCCUGAGGCUCUCGCUUUGACUGCGAAAAUCUCCACGAUCGCGUGGGGAAGCUUAAAGGAGCUACCGACGGUUGUCGCGAACCCGAGUUCCUGGGUCCUCAAUCUGAGCUUGCCCGAGACUACGCAGACAUUCGAUCCGGAACUCGCUCAUUGGGACAGCAUGGACAGAUUUUGGGCAAUCAUUGCAGGCUACGUGACAUUGUCGUUGGCGGCCGGUCUCUACCUGCGACGCGGCGCCCUAUUUUCAACCGGACAAACCGCCCAGGAGUGGGAGGCGACCAUCAUCGACGGCCUCAACCAGGCUAGCGGUGUGAUGAAAGUCAUCCUGAUUAUUGGCAUCGAGAUGCUCGUCUUCCCCCUUUACUGCGGUACAUUGCUUGACGUUGCAUUGCUCCCGCUAUUCGAGGACACCACGCUCAGGUCUCGUCUCCUCUUCACCGUCAACUACCCCGUCACCUCCCUCUUCGUCCACUGGUUUGUCGGUACGGGGUACAUGUUUCAUUUCGCUCUCUUUGUGUCCAUGUGCCGAAAAGUCAUGCGCAGGGGUGUUCUUUACUUUAUCCGUGACCCUGAUGACCCGGAAUUUCAUCCCGUCCGCGAUGUUCUGGAGCGCAACGUGACGACUCAGUUGCGCAAGAUACUCUUUUCUGCAUUUGUCUAUGGCGCGCUGGUUAUCGUGUGUCUGGGCGGUGUUGUCUGGGGGUUGUCCUUCUGUCUGCCGGGUAUCUUGCCCAUCCAUCAUUCGUCCAAGGAACCGGUGCUGGAGUUUCCUAUCGACCUCCUGUUCUACAAUUUCCUGAUGCCCUUGGCCGUCAAAGUCUUCCGACCAAGCGAUGGGCUCCACGCUAUGUAUACCUGGUGGUUUCAGAGGUGCGCGCGCGCCCUGAGAAUCACAUGGUUUCUCUUCGGGGAACGGCGAGUCGAUGAAGAAGGCCAGUUAGUGCUGAGGCGGGACUCGCCGGAUCAUAAUCUUCCCUUCUGGAGACGGUUGUUCCUGGAAGUUGGCCCCAACGGCGAGGUGAUGGCCAAAACCUCAUGGCACGAUAUCUUUGAAGGCGGUACGGCUAAGCCCCGUGCAGCCAUUUCUACGGACCAGAUGGUCCUGCUAAGCGCUAAGAAGGCGGACCUGGUACGAUCGGGACAACUUAUUCCGGAUGGGCGAUUCGUCCGGACUCCGGCUUCCGAUCAGGUCAAAAUACCCAAAGGGAGGAAUGUCUUCCUCGACGUCACCGAAAACAACACGCGACUGGACGGAAAGGCUGACCUCCCGGGGACGGAUAUUUACUCAACCGACCAGUACCAGUUUGUUUACGUGCCCCCACACUUCCGUCUCCGCGUGUGCUUGUUCAUCCUGUUGAUUUGGAUCUUCGCGGCGGUCACCGGCGUUAGCAUUACGAUCGUUCCGCUUGUUUUUGGGCGUUGGAUGUUCAAGUCGCUGAUCCCACAGCAUAUCCGCACCAACGAUAUCUAUGCCUUCAGCAUCGGUCUUUACAUCCUUGGCUCGGCCGCGUACGCUCUGUUCCACGCACGGUCGGUCUAUCGGAGAAUCAAGGCGUGGGUGACCACGGCAGUCGGGUCCGCCUUUGGACGCGAAGCGGGCCGACGAGUGCUCGGCUUUGUCGUCCACGCCGCAAAAGUAAUCUACUCUUACUUUUUCCUUCUCCUCGUCUUCCCCCUUCUAGUCGCGUCGUUGAUGGAACUUUACGCCUUGAUCCCGCUACAUGAGCUCAUGUACAGUGCUCUAUUAUCGGGUGAGGGCAGGAAGUCAAUGGCGUCGGGCACAGUCGGUGAGCCCAACCCACCACAUACGAUCCGAGUUGUCCAGUCGUGGACCAUCGGACUCCUCUACCUCAAACUGAGCAUUCGCAUCGUCACAACUUGGUUCCCAGGCACACGCCUCGCCACUGCGGUGAGGGCCGUGCUUCGCCGUGGCUGGCUUGAUCCCGAUGUUAACGUCCUCAACCGCGCGUUCAUAAUCCCAGGCUUGGCGGUAUGGUCUACGGCUGUGGCAACACCCCUCUUGUUCGCAAAGUUCACGGUGGACAACGGGCUGGCAUACACCAUCAUGCAGUCUUCCGGCGUCACGGUCGCCGACGGCUCACCUGAUCAGGCCGUAUACGACGCCUAUUUGGUUUUGAUCUAUCGCCUCAGCUUCCCGUUCGUGGCGCUCCUUCUUGCCAGCGGCUUCACCUUGUGGAGCCUAGUGGGUGUCUUCCGCAGCUGGCAGGUCCGGAUUCGAGACGAGGCAUACUUGAUCGGCGAGCGUCUCCACAACUUCAGCACGGGCAACGGUGCGCCCCGGCCGAGAGGGGCAUGGAGGACUGGCGGGGCAAGGAUAUGACCGUCAACCUUGACAUUUGUUGGAUGUUUUUUGCAUUGGUUAUUGAUUCCCUAAUAUGCGGAGACGGGGGCUGUCUGAUCCGUCCUAAGAUAUGAGAAAUAAUGUUGCUCUCCGACCAGCCAUGUUUCAUGAGGUGAUGCGCGAUGCCGAGGUCUUUAGGAUGUGUUGUCCUGUCUUGCCCUGUGCAGAAGUGAGCCGUGAUCGCUAGAUGUACAAGUAUCUUACUGUCAAGUACCUCACAAGCCGAUGUUAGACCUAAUAUGUACAUACAUACCUACAUAGAGCACAAAAAUACUCUCUAUCCG